AUGUUGAAAGCUGUGAUACUUAUUGGUGGCCCUCAAAAAGGCACAAGAUUUCGUCCCUUAUCCCUGGAUACACCCAAACCCUUAUUUCCAGUGGCUGGUCUUCCUCUAAUACAACAUCAUAUAGCUGCAUGUGUGAAACUUGCAGAAUGCAAGGAAAUCCUUAUAGUUGGAUCAUAUACUACUACCACAAUGGCUCAGUUUGUCAGUAAUAUGCAAAAAGAAUAUCAUGUAAUAAUAAGAUACUUGCAAGAAUUCACACCUCUAGGUACAGGUGGUGGCUUAUAUCAUUUCCGAGACCAAGUAAGAGCUGGCAAUCCAAGUGCAUUCUUUUUAUUGAAUGGUGAUGUUUGUGCUGAUUUUCCUCUUAAAGAACUGUGGAAGUUCCAUGAAGAAAGGCCUAAUGCUUUGGUAACAAUUAUGGGUACAGAGGCAACUCGUCAACAAGCAGUACACUAUGGUUGUAUGGUCAGAGAGCCGGCGACCAAAGCAAUCACCCAUUAUGUAGAGAAGCCAAACAGCUAUAUAUCUACACUAAUCAAUUGUGGUGUCUAUGUGUGUUCAUUACAAGUGUUUCACACAAUGGCGGAAGCUUUUCAAAGGAAACAAGAUGGUUUUUAUAGUGGUAACGGUCAAGGCAGUCCUCACCCGGGUUACAUGUCGUUUGAACAAGAUGUGUUAGCUCCGCUAGCUGGUACCAACAAAUUAUAUGCUAUGCAGGUAAUAAACUGGUGGUCGCAAGUGAAAACGGCUGGUUCAGCAAUAUACGCGAACCGCCAUUAUUUAGAAUUGCGUAAACAGAGCCUCGAACCCGCGCCAUGCCGUAUACUGCCCGAUGUCUUCAUACAUCCCACUGCGAUCGUAGAUAGUAGUGCUGUGAUAGGACCAAAUGUGUCGAUAGGAGCGGGAGUCACGAUCAAGGCGGGCGUGCGCGUGAAGGAGUCCAUCAUUCUGAACAAUGCCACCAUACACGAACACGCACUAGUCAUGUAUUCUGUCGUGGGUCAAGAGGCGUCAGUAGGAGAGUGGGCGCGGGUCGAGGGCACUCCCUCCGACCCCGACCCCAACAAACCCUUCGCUAAAAUGGACAACACACCGUUGUUCAAUAACGACGGACGGUUGAAUCCAUCUAUUACUAUAUUGGGUGCAGGCGUAGUUGUUCCGGCUGAAAUGAUUCUUCUAAACUCUAUAGUGUUGCCACAUAAGCACUUAACAAGGAGUUUCAAACACGAAAUUAUUUUA